GAAAUGCACGGGUCUAACUAGGAGGCUUUAUUCUCGCACCUCCUUUUAAAAAAAUCACGCUAUAUGUCCUCUUCCCGCAUAUUUUAACCACCACUCUCUCAAAACACACACACACUCACACUCACACUCCCGAUCGCCGCCGCGCAAUGCUGCCGUACACCACCUUGGCCGCCGCCGAGGCCUCCCUCGGCCGGGCCCUCACAUACCCAGAAGCCCUUUGGUUGAAAUACUCAGCCACCAAAUCUGAUUACUUUCUCUACUGCCACAACCUCAUCUUUCUCUUCCUUGUCUUCACUGUUGUGCCUCUUUACUAUGUGGGUCUUGAGAUCGUGUUCAAGAACAUUCAGGUGUAUAAAAUCCAGCCCAAGAUUAAGUUCAGUUACUCCGAGGUUUUCGGGUGUUAUAAGGAGGUUAUGAGGAUGUUUAUUCUUGUUGUGGGUCCUCUUCAGCUGGUUUCCUACCCUUCAAUUCAGAUGAUUGGAAUAAGGACAAGCUUACCUUUGCCGUCGAUUUACGAGAUUAUAGCUCAAUUGACUGUUUAUUUUAUCGUUGAGGAUUAUACAAAUUACUGGAUUCAUAGGUUUCUGCAUACUGAAUGGGGUCUGUAUGAAAAAAUCCAUAAGGUGCACCAUGAAUAUACUGCUCCUAUAUCAUAUGCUGCGCCGUAUGCACAUUGGGCUGAGGUUUUGAUUUUGGGGAUUCCAUCAUUUCUUGGGCCCGCAAUGGCUCCAGGUCAUAUGAUUACCUUUUGGUUAUGGAUUGCAUUGAGGCAGGUUGAGGCUAUUGAGACUCAUAGCGGGUAUGAGAUCCCUUGGACUCUGACAAAAUAUAUUCCGUUUUAUGGUGGGGCAGACUACCAUGAUUAUCAUCACUACGUCGGUGGGCAAAGCCAGAGCAACUUUGCUUCAGUGUUCACUUACUGUGACUACAUCUAUGGAACUGACAAGGGUUACCGGUGUCAAAAGAGACUCCUUCGCCAGUUGAAAGAGGGAAUGAAAAGCAACAGUGAACAAAAUCAAGUUCCAGACAGCACCUCGCCUCCAGAUUUCAAAUUUGACUAGUUCCUAGGACUUCUGAAUCCUUCCAGAAGAUAUUGAUGUCAGUGGUAUGCUACUCAAGAGUGGCAGACUCGGUUAAAUGUAGCUUCUAGCUGUGACAUCAAAUGUAGUUUCAUGGCACAAAUUUAGUACCAUUAUUGGUCUGUGGGACUGAAGUAAAUAUUCUUUUUCUUCCUUGUCUGUUUUGAAAUUGUAAUGUGCCGUUUUGGAAAAGAACUUGAAGUUUGGAUAUGCAAUGUUGCAGCUUGAAAUCUAAAGUUAUAUGUUUCUCGUG